AUGCCCAGCAGCACUGUGAGUUCUAUGCCCAGCAGCACUGUGAGUUCUAUGCCCAGCAGCACUGUGAGGUCUAUGCCCAGUAGCACUGUGAGUUCCAUGCCCAGCAGCACUGUGAGUUCUAUGUCCAGUAGCACUGUGAGUUCUAUGCCCAGCAGCUCUCACUGUGAGUUCUAUGCCCAGCAGCACUGUGAGUUCUAUGCUGUGAGUUCUAUGCCCAGCAGCACUGUGAGUUCUAUGCCCAGUAACAGAGUGAGUUCUAUGCCCAGCAGCACUGUGAGUUCUAUGCCCAGUAGCACUGUGAGUUCUAUGCCCAGCAGCACUGUGAGUUCUAUGCCCAGCAGCACUGUGAGUUCUAUGCCCAGUAGCACUGUGAGUUCUAUGCUCAGCACUGUGAGUUCUAUGCCCAGUAGCACUGUGAGUUCUAUGCCCAGUAGCACUGUGAGUUCUAUGCCCAGCAGCACUGUGAGUUCUAUGCUUUCUAUGCCCAGUAGCACUGUGAGUUCUAUGCCCAGCAGCACUGUGAGUUCUAUGCCCAGUAGCACUGUGAGUUCUAUGCCCAGCAGCACUGUGAGUUCCAUGCCCAGCAGCACUGUGAGUUCUAUGCCCAGUAGCACUGUGAGUUCUAUGCCCAGUAGCACUGUGAGUUCUAUGCCCAGUACCACUGUGAGUUCUAUGCCCAGUACCACUGUGAGUUCUAUGUGA